AUGAACCCAUUGAACAAAAUCAUCUUCCUAUCUGCGUUUCUUGCGUCGGGGUUCCUAUUGAUCCUUCUAUCAUGUGCCUUAUACAACAACUAUAAACCGCUCUGGGUCAUUGCCAUUUUCCUUUCGGCACCACUUCCAAACAUAAUAGCAAACGCUAUAGAAAACUCCAGAGACAACAACUUCCUCACAUUUAAUGACUACGGGACUUCCAAUGAGGGCAAUGCUAGUCCGUUGCAAGAGUUUGCCAGGUUCACCACGGGUGUGUUGAUCGUCAGCGGCAUUGCUUUGCCAUGGAGCUUGUACCACUGUUAUUUAAUAGGGUUGGAAUCGUUCAUCCUAAGUGUCACCGGAGGGUUGAUUGUGUAUUCAGAUAUCAUCAUAUUCAUCUGGUUUUUCAACAACGAAGAGGAGGAGAACGACGAGUUCAACUUUUGA